AUUUCCCACCGUGCACUGCGCGGGCAAAACAACGCACGCGCACGACACGCUCCGUCGAGCGUCUUCCAAAGAUGGCGGGCGUCCCCGAUCCGCUGGAAGAUAUGCUGUAUUCCGAAGUGGACGAGAAAGCCGUCAGCGAUCUUGUGGGUUCGUUAGAGUCGGAGCUCGGCGGUCAGAAUAAGUCCCAGAGCGAGGCGAGGAGGUCCGGAGCAGCCGAGAGCGGAAACAGCAACUUAGGGAAAGCGCAAGCCGCUCAAGCGGGAACCGCAUUGGAGGCGCGAGAGUCGGGAGCGCACAGAGUGGAGGUGAAGCGGGAGAACGGCUCCGAGAGGACACCCAGCACCAACUCCGUCUCCGUCCCUUCCACUCUGAGCUCCGCGGCGAUUAUGGCUACCAACCGAGUGCAGCCAAACAUCACCGUAGUACCAAAGCCAGCUGUGCCGGGACUCGCAACUUCUCCCAACUGUUCAAGUGACGCAGCAGUUGUAGCAUCAUCCUCAUCACCCUCAUCAUCCUCAUCAGCAGCAGUUACAGAUUCUCUACCCAACACCAAUCACAUAGCUUCAACUAUCCGCCCCGUUUCCUCCAGAGCAGUGGCAGGUGAGAAUGGCAGCAGUGGCUCUGUAGCUCUCCCCUCAGCUCCCACUCCUGUAGCCGGAUUACAGCUCGGUGUCAAUGGUGCUGUCAUUAGCUCUGGCUUAGGCACCGACACCACCAACACAUCCACUUCCAAAGGCACAAACGGUACUUUCCUUGCUACUUCUGUUCAGCCUAAUCACAUCCUCUCCCAGCCUGCGAGUGUAUCAGGUACCCAGACUGUUGCCCUCCACCGACCUUCCAACAUCACACCCAAUCCUAGUGACCCGAAACUCGCAGCGUCUGUGAGCAUCGCCCCUGACCCAGCCUCUGCGCUGACCUUUUCUAAUGCCAGUCUGAUCAAGACCAACCCCCAGACCCAGAUUAAAACCAUUGUCCCGAAUCAGCUUGCCGGGUCUCCUGUAGCCGUGCGACCUCCGAUGACCGGCACACUAGUGCACUCGGGGGCGGUGAGUACCCCACUUACAGUGGUCAGCUCGCCGUCAGUGCUGGUCAAGCCGGACGCAGGGCAGGCCGUGGGAAUGCUGAGACCAGGUACGGCGUCUCCGGUGGUGAGCACUGUGUCUGUGCGACCCGGGGUUCCUGCAGCACCUGCGCCCAGGGCAGUGGUACCUCAAAUCACAGUCAGACCUCAACAACCGACCACAAUACAGUUACCACCCGGAUUCACUAUUCCACCGGGAAUGGUGCUUGUCCGGACCGAGGCAGGCCAGCUGGUGCUGGUUCCUCAGCAGGUCCUGGCCCAGGCGAAGGCUCAAAAUCAGACCAAAGCGGCUCUGUCUCCUACGCCUGCGACGACCACCACCACUAUCCGAGUCACCACUCCUGUGCAGCAAGCACCUGUGACAUCCCAAGCCAUCCGACCGAUUCCUCCUACACAGGCUAAAGUGGUCCAGGCUGCCAGCACUGCUGGUCCUGCUCUACAGAAGACCCCAUUGGUGACAGCAAGCCCUGCUCAGAAGCCCAGUGGCCCCACUGUGAUCACUGCCGGAGCUCGUGUCCAAACACCAAACCAGACGAUCCUGAAACCUUCACCCGCCGUCACGGCACCCGCCGCCCCCACCACGGGACUCGCCGGCCUUUCUCAGGAAAUGCAAGAGAAUGUGAAGAAGUGCAAGAAUUUCUUAGCAACGUUGAUCAAACUGGCAUCCCAUAAUUCCCCUUUUCCGGAAACGUCGAAGAACGUGAAGGCACUUGUGCAGGACCUGCUGGAUGACAAAAUUGAGCCUGAGGAAUUUACGAAUCGCCUGCAGACGGAGCUGAAGUCGUCUCCUCAGCCCUACCUCAUCCCCUUUCUGAAGAAAAGCCUACCUGCUCUCCGCAUGACGCUGUUGAGCUCACAGCAGUCUCUGACCCAGCUCGCUCAAACCUCCAGCCCCCUGACUGUGAGCGCCAUUAAGGCUCCGCCCCCACGCUCUCUCGCCACCGCAAUGCCUACUGUCCGCCCCACCGUCACACAGGACCAAGCUGCCGUGGUGGCUGUGAAGAGGACAGCAGCACAGACGGGUCCAGUUCGGAUGCCCGUAGUGAUCACUCAGUCAGUCCGGCCUCAAGGAGCUGUAUUGAGAGGGCCAGCGGUACAGGUGAGGGGCCCAAUGGGCAUCGCCAUGCAGGCUACAGCCAAUCAGAGACAGAAGGUGAACGACCCAGGAGGUGGAACUUUUAGGGAUGAUGAUGACAUCAACGACGUGGCCUCCAUGGCCGGCGUGAACCUUAAUGAGGAGAACGCACGUAUUUUAGCCACGGGCUCGGAGCUGGUGGGCACACAGAUCCGCUCCUGCAAAGACGAAACGUUCCUGCCGGCUAAUCUGCUCCACAAGCGCAUCCUCGAGAUCGCACGUGGGUUUGGUGUGAACGAGGUGUUUGCAGACGUGGUGAGUUUGGUGUCCAACGCCACUGAGGCCAGGCUCCGCGCCACGCUGGAAAACGUCUCUGCGCUCGCGCGACACCGAACCGACCCCUGCAAGGAUGAAGAGCACCACGAGCAGACGUCAGAUGUGAGGACGCAGCUGAAGUUCUUCGAGCAGCUGGAGAAGAUGGAGAAGCAGCGCAAAGACGACGAGGAGCGAGAGAUCCUUCUGAAAGUGGCCAAAAGUCGCUCCAGGCAAGAAGAUCCCGAGCAAGCUCGGCUGAAGCAGAAAGCUAAAGAGAUGCAGCAGCAGGAACUGGCACAGAUGAGACAGCGCGACGCUAACCUCACCGCACUCGCAGCGAUCGGGCCACGCAAAAAACGCAAACUGGACUCUCCCGGGGCUCCUGGAGCAGAGGCAUCAGGAAGCUCCUCGGGCUCGGCCGGCGCCUCCUCGUCCUCCACUCGGCAGGUGAGACAGCGCAUCACGCGGGUCAACCUCAGGGACCUGAUCUUCUGCCUGGAGCAGGAGCGCUCCACGGCCCGCUCGCUGCUGCUCUACAAGGCUCUGCUCAAGUAGAACCCGGUCCAGGCUGGAACUGCGCCUCUGUUUCUCCCUCUUCCUGUGCGCCAGGGUGUCCAUGGUGGUCCGUCUCUGCUUCCGAACCCCUAUUUUUUCCCCCGUCAUCGUUUGAUUUGUAAAAUCUUUUUUUUUCUUCCCAUGCCUCAUGCGUCUUUCUUUGUGCCUUCAGGCAAAGCUGGGACAUAAUCAGUAAGAACCUGUCUUUGCUUUAAGAGGAAUGUAUGAGGUUUUCAUGCUCCAAACACACCUAUAUAUUCAGGAAGUGAAUGAAAGCCAUGAAGAAAGAAAAGAAAAGCAUUUAUUUCCGGUUAAUGCCGUCUGGGCUUUCGGCACAGAAGCCAGCAUAUAGGAGGAAAAACUCAUUCAGACUUUUUUUUUCUUCUUCUUGUGAAAUAUUUGAACAUUUGAAUAUUUGGAUUUCAGUUCAAUGAAAACUUUCCCUCGGUGGUGUCGUGCGUGAUGGGACUCGAAGCUCAGUUUUUAACUUAAAUGCCUCAUUUGCAAUAUGGACACUGGAAGUGUGAAUGUAUAGUCUUUGGGGAUUUUUUUUUUUCUUUCUUUUUUUUUUUUUUAACAAUCUAACAAAUUCUUAAAUAUUUUAAUAACUUAUGACUUUUAUACCUCCAGUACAUACCUGGUUUGUUUCGAUCUGGAUUUUGUUUCAGUAAAAUUAUGCAAAUGAAGGAUCUGUUCUGUCCUUCAUCCUGUCACAUGGCGUUUUUGUAAUUCAGAGACAGUAUUUUCUCACGCUCCUGUGUGUGUGUGUGUCUGUGUGUGUUUGUGUGCGUGUGUGUGUGGGAAGAAUGGGCAGGUGAUAGUUGAAUGUGCUGUGAAGAAAUGUGGUGUAGGAAGUGGCACGAUGCCAUCUGAACCGAGAAGGCUGCCAUAAAUUCAUCCAAAAAACGACAUGACGCAUGAAAACGGUCCUCCUCUCCCCCACUUUUCCCUUCGUCAAAUAAACUGAAGACUGCGAUUGCAGCAUAGCAGACGAUUACGAUUUGAUCUUUAAUCAGCCUUGCACUGGAAUUUUAAAAUGUAUCCGAUAUGAGUAAUCAGGCCAUGUAGAUAAUGAUCCAACAUUUCACUGACUGUUUUUGGUUUCCUUUGGAACAAUUUUGAGUGCAGUUUUUAAAGACCCCCUCAGCAGGACAUGUAGUGGACAUGAAGGUUUUUUUUUUUGUUUUUUUUUACCUUGGUUUUUUUUUUCUUGUUUUUUUUUUUUUUUUCCAUUUUUUUAAUAAUAAUUAUUAGCCUUGUCUUUGCCUUCACACACAGUAAAGCGUUACACAGGCGGCGGUGACGAAUACCGAGUUUGUUACCUGCAUGCGCACGGAGCUCAGAAAAAGCCGAGCAUUUCUGAUGAGAGGGUCAGGGCUUUUGAUUAUUUGUAUGUUGUAUUGUCUACAAAGACCAUAUAUCUAUUGUAAACUCUAUUUUUUUGGUAAAUUUUACUGAUUUUUAAACGUUUGGCUGGUUUGGAAAAAAAAAGUGUUCAUCUCUCUAUGAAAUUUGUACUAUUUUGUAAAAGAAUAAAGUUGCUUACUUCCA